GCUCCUCCUCCAGCCACAUCCUUUCUGGGUCUCUGACGCUGCCCCUGUAACCCGACUCCUGCAUGGCCAUCCGGGCGCCCCCCCUGAGCUAGGGCGGGCGCCCAGUGCCACAUCACCGCGCCCACCAUGCUGCCGCUGUCGCUCGCUGUGCUGGUCGCGCUGGCUGCCACUGGUGACAGCUACGGGCCAGCGGCUGCCAACAGCGCUACCUGUGUGGACCUGCGGCUCACGACCUGUGCAGAUGGCACCUACAACCGGACCACCUUCCCCACGGCGCUGGACCACUGGUCGUGCGAGGCUGUGGAGGCCAGCUCCGAGUACAUCCUGCUGAGUGUGCUGCACCACCUCCUGGAGGGCCAGUGCAACCCCGACCUACGGCUGUUGGGCUGUGCCGUGCUGGCCCCGCGCUGUGAGGGCAGCCGUGUGCGGAGGCCCUGUCGGCGUGUGUGCCAGGGCCUGCAGGAAGCCUGCCAGCCCGCUUUCGACGCCAUCGACAUGGCCUGGCCCUACUUCCUGGACUGCACCCGCUACUUCGCAUCCGAGGAGGAGGGCUGCUUCGACCCCCUGGAGCAGCUUCGGGGUGACCUGGAACCCGAGGAGGUCCUGCCCUCCGGCCUACCGCCCACCUUCAUCCGCUUCGCCCACCACUCCUACGCCCAGAUGGUGCGGGUGCUGAAGCGGACGGCGGCCCGCUGUGCCCAGGUGGCCAAGACUUACAGCAUCGGCCGCAGCUUUGAUGGCAAGGACCUGCUGGUCAUCGAGUUCUCGGGCCGCCCUGGCCAGCACGAGCUCAUGGAGCCCGAGGUGAAGCUUAUCGGGAACAUCCACGGCAACGAGGUGGCGGGGCGCGAGAUGCUCAUCUACCUGGCUCAGUACCUGUGCUCUGAGUACCUGCUGGGCAACCCACGGGUACAGCGCCUGCUCAACACCUCCCGCAUCCACCUGCUGCCAUCCAUGAACCCCGAUGGCUACGAGGUGGCGGCGGCCGAGGGCGCUGGCUACAACGGGUGGACCAGCGGGAGGCAGAAUGCACAGAACCUGGACCUGAACCGGAACUUCCCGGACCUGACCUCGGAGUACUACCGGCUGGCGGUGGAGCGGGGAGUGCGCACAGACCACAUCCCCAUCCCGCAGCACUACUGGUGGGGUAAGGUGGCCCCUGAGACCAAGGCGGUCAUGAAGUGGAUGCGGACGAUCCCUUUCAUGCUGUCCGCCAGCCUCCAUGGGGGCGACCUGGUGGUGUCCUACCCCUUUGAUCUCUCCAAGCACCCCCUGGAGGAGAAGAUGUUUUCCCCCACGCCCGAUGAAAAGAUGUUCAAGCUGCUGGCCAGAGCCUAUGCUGAUGUCCACCCCAUGAUGAUGGACAGGUCAGAGCACAGGUGCGGGGGCAACUUCCUGAAGCAGGGCAGCAUCAUCAACGGCGCCGACUGGUACAGCUUCACGGGAGGCAUGUCCGACUUCAACUACCUGCACACCAACUGCUUCGAGAUCACAGUGGAGCUGGGCUGCACCAAGUUCCCGCCGGAGGAGGCACUGUACAGGCUCUGGCAGCACAACAAGGAACCACUCCUCAGCUUCCUGGAGAUGGCGCACCGGGGCAUCAAAGGCAUGGUGGUGGACAGGUUCGGAAAGCCAGUGAAGAACGCCCGCAUCGUGGUCAGAGGCAUCCGCCACGAUGUCACCACAGCUCCAGACGGAGACUACUGGAGACUGCUGCCGCCAGGGUCCCACGUGGUCAUCGCCCAGGCCCCUGGCUACGCCAAGGUCAUGAAGAGAGUCACCAUCCCACUCCGCAUGAAAAGGGCCGGUCGCGUGGACUUCAUCCUGCAGCCGCUGGGUGCAGGUCCCAAGAAGUCCCUGCCCACGCUCCAGAGAGCCGUGACUCGCUUCCGGGUGGCACGGGGCAGCGAGGCCCCCCGGAGGGACCCCGCAGAGCAGGACCCUGAGCCCCUCGGAGCACACAGGCUGCCCUUGGCCCGCGGGAGCAAGCCCUGGUGGUGGUCAUACUUCACGUCGCUCACUGCCCACCGUCCACGCUGGCUACUCAAGUACUAGGCCACCUCGCGGGGUCCUGCUCUUGACUUUCACCGCUGCACACGUAGCAUAAGCCGUACCAUGUUAUUAAAGGGGUUCUGCACCAUC